CGAAACUCACAUUUCAUCAAACUCUCUAAAAACGAAACACACAUAGAAUUCUAAAAAAGGUUCUUAAUUUUAAUGGCGAUGGAAGAGAAACUAGUGAUCAACGAAUUGGAACAAGGGAGAGAGCUUGCCAAACGAUUGAUAAGCAAUCUCAAACACACUUCUUCUGUUGAAUCUAGCAAGAUCAUGAUCUCUGAAAUCCUCCGCAUUUACCAGAAUGCAAUUCUCAUGUUGAGUUUCAAGGAAGACGACAAGAACAUCCUUAAGAGAAGCCGUGAGAUCGAAGACAAGGAUUCUAAAACCUUGUCUAAGAAGAGAAAAUUAUCGGACAAGAAGACAGAGGAAGUUAAGGUUUUUGUCGGAACAGGUUCGAUUGAUGAUGGAUAUUGCUGGAGAAAAUACGGGCAAAAAGAGAUUCAUGGAUCCUCAAACCCUAGAGGAUACUUCAGAUGCACGCAUCGAUUCACGAAGAAGUGUCCAGCAGUGAAGCAAGUCCAGAGAUCCGACGAAGAUCCUUCGAUUUUUGAAGUGAAGUAUGUCGGGACCCACACUUGUAACAACAACAGUACAUCCCCAAAGACGACGGCCACGAGCUUCUCUGUUUCGAUGAUGGUCGAAGAAGGAAACAGAGUUGGUUUAACAGAGCAAACCGAAGACAUUAAACCGACGAAAACCGAGGAAGUGAUGAUAAGUCUUGAAGAUCUGGAGUACAAGAAGGACAUUUUCAAGACGUAUUCUUUCUCUAACCAUGAGACUGAGAACGUUGGUGGAUGGAAAAGCAACAUUUUCCAGGAAAAUCUGUCUCCUGCAACGACAUCAGGGUCUGGGAUGACCAGCGAGAUUGCUAUAGCUGUUGAGGAUUGGGGAACUGUAGAUUCGUGUUUCUCUUCGUUGGCCAAUAUUAUCGAUUUGGGACAGGACUUGUGGUCGUGACAUUUGAAUUGGUGAAUGUAAUGUUCUCGUGGUAGUCAUUAUAGAUGGUGAGUGUAGUUUUAUUAAGGUUUAUAUAUUAGUCUGGUUAGGGAUUGGUGGCUACUAUGAGUUUUGGCCUUUUUGUUUCAAUAGUGUGUUUUGUGUGAAUUUUCAAAGAGUUUAGACGGUACAUCAUAUCUUAUACAAUAAAACAUGCUUGUCUCUCUACUCAUCAAGCCACAUCAGCAGGGAGAUAAGGGCUUUUCGCGACACGUCAGCAUUCUCUUCCUGUUCACGAGUUCAAUGGGCCACGCUUAGGUUAGUGUUUAGAUGAUAAAAGCCCAAUGUAACAUUUCUCCUUCUCGACGGUGGUCAUCUGCUUGAAAAUCCUAAACUCCACCGGCUCUGACGUAACUGAGCCGUAACGUUGUAACGCUUUUUAUAUUCAUUGAAACUAGCAUUAAGAUUCACCUUUAACUCUCUUAUUAAAGCUCUUCCACGGGGUCGAUAUAAGUUACCCUUUCCUAAUUUUAAUCACUAAUCCUUAAUUUGUUCAAUUAUAAAUGGGUUGCAUAAUACUCAGAAUCUCACUCUUCACCAGAUCCAACCCUUCUGAUUCAUUACACAUACAGUAGUAACGCAUCUUCUGCGUUUCUGGGAAGUAUGAAAUUGUUUAAACUUUGUAUUCCAUAUCUGCCUGAUGACGUAGGUUUAACUUCUUUUAUAAACGAAUUUGUUCUGUAGUUCUUUUAUUUCUCUGAAGCUCAAUUAAAAUUUUGUUCUUUUUCUCUAGUUGAACCUCCAUCUUUCUCAGGAGACGAAGAGUACCAUAACAAUAUGUGGGGCCAUACACGGAUGCCUACCCUUCUGCGGUCUACUCAAACCAGUAUGACCUCAGCAGAUUCCAUGUUGCACAACAGAGAGGAUAUGGUGUAGCCUCAGAAUAUUUCCCGGAGAAAGAAAAGUAUUUACGAUCCAACUCAUGGGGUUUGCUUUUGGAGAGCCCUCUAGCGAGUAGCCUAACCGAUGAUGAUUUUUCUUAAAAUGGUAGUCGCAUAUCUGCUUAUAACAUAUCUUUUUGUAAAUCAUGUUGUUAGUUUGGUUCAAAGAUGCUUAUGGCACAGAACUGGAAACUUGGUGAAAAAGUUUGUAGUGUUUUUUUUUUUAAAACAUCCGGGAUAUAUCUGAUCCAUAUUCAACUAUAUCUCAGGGUUUAGCUCAAGUUUUGCAUCAAAAGGGGCUUUUUUAUGCUUCUUGAGAAGCAUCAUGAGCGCCAGUUUUGAGGUUGAUGUUUUUUGUCUUAAUCUUUGACAAAGUCUUGUGCUUACUUUUUUGUUUGUUUGUUUUUUGCAGUCUUAUCAAGAAUACGUUGAAAUCCACAGCAGAUGCAUGAGACAACUUGGUCUUCCUGUCAGUAUGUUUUAUCCAUCACUGUUAAACAUCCACUCUUCUAAAUCUAUGGUUUGACCUGAUCAUAGUAGUCAACUUACUUUCUUACAAUGUUUGUAGGCUUUGUCAAGUUUUUUUUUUGUUGGUUUUGUCAUGUUCCACAAUCACGUGUCUUCAAGUAAAACAGAUGAGGGCUUACAGAUAGUGGUUAUACACAUAGGUGAUAUACAUAGCCUAAUACUUUAUUGUUUUAGAUUUAAACUUCUUUCAUGGUCAAAGAAAUGAAAUCACUAACCACCUUAUACACGGCUAAAACGUGCAAUGUUUUUAAUGAGAUAUUGAAAACUUUUAAAAACCUAUGGUCAUGCUUCCACGAGGUUAAUAUGCAAAGGGUUGCUCCAAAGAGUUACCAGCAAGCUGCUGGAGUAGUCUUCGUCACACGAAAGUUUUAGCUAACUUUUGCAUUGAUCAGGACCCGGGAAUCACCUUGGGCAAGCAAACUCAUGGCUUCUGGGCCAAGUCAGGGCUCUGUAGUAAUACACUCAAAAAUUGUUUCAACCAGUCAAAUGUUUACGAGGACAUGUUUUACAAGUUUGCAUAGUGCAUCAUCACAACUGCUCCUUGAUUCAACCCUCUAUCUCAGUGUGUCUGAAUUUUGAAACCAAAGAGGAAAAAUGGUUUUUUGUUAAUAAUAUCUUGAGAGUGUGUUGUGUUACUAAUUGAUGAAUGGUUCUUCGAGCUCGAGUUCUUGAUCUGAUUCUUUCUGAUUGCUCAUGUUAAAUUAUUGCUCCGACAACUACAUCGUUAGCUUCGAUCCUCUCGACGGUUCCUCCAACAUCAUCGCUGCAGUUUCCACCGGUUCCAUAAAAGGUGUCUACAGCCCCUACCACUCCAAUGAUAUUUCCACUGUAAAUGAACUACUCUCCCUUUCACCUUCCACAUGGCCACUCAGAAAAGAUACACAAUGUUCAUAAUGUUGUUGAUCUACUGCUGUAUGUUCCUUGCAACUUUGGUCAGAAGAACAAAUAUGUAUAGCAAACGCGUGACAACCUGGGCACAACUUGGUAGCAGCCGGCUACUGUAUGUACUGGAGCUCAGUUAUCUUUGUUCUUAUGCACGGCGAGUUUGUCCUCACGCAAGAGAACAUUGAGAUCCCUAAAACCGGGAAAAUAUACUAUUUCAAAGAAGAAAACUACCAGAUGUGGGACGAGAGUCUGAGGAAGUACAUUGAUGAUCUCAAGGACCCUGGUCCACAUGAAAAAUCUUACUCGGCUAGGUACAUUGGAAGUUUGGUCGGAAAUUUUCACAGGAAUUUGUUGUACAGUGGGAUUUAUGGGUGCUGCCAAGAGCAAAAAUGGAAUGCUUAAGCUUUUGUAUGAGUGUGCACCGAAGAGUUUCAUGUUGAACAAGGUUGAGGAAAAUGAUCAUAUGGUCACCAGAGAGAACUAUAUCCAACCGACCAAGGUAACUCAAAACACAUUUCAUGUUUAGUUUAUUACAGUAGCUUAUAUCCAACGUUUGGGUGUCAUCAGACAAAAAAAAAAUCAUAGGGAUUCAGAUAUAUUCAUCAAUGGGUUCCGCUUUACAAUGGAAGCAAAGUAGAAGUGAAGAUGCUGGAGAAGUACUUGGCUCGAGUCAUGUACCAAUCAUAAGCCCUUAGAGUCUAAGGCUUAGACUUCUAUUGUAAGCCAUUUUCUGACUACAUGGUACAUCUCAAAUUCCCAAGAGAUGCAUAACUGAUGAAAGUUCUAUUUUGUUAUCUAUGUCAAUAAAGACGAAUCCGAUGUUUUACUAUAAAGCCAAAACCAAGUUAAAUUUAUACAAAGUAACGUAAGAAGUCACAUGUAUUUCCAAGAUUCAUGAUUUUUAGUUCUGUAACUAUUUUUUUUUUUGUGAGAUCAAUGCAUUAACCCCGAUUAUAGUAUAUAAAAAAGAAUCACAUCCCAUUACUAUGUUUUCCAAAAUUUUAGCCAAGCCAUAAAACCAAGCUAAUAGUUCGUUUAAGGAUUUAUGAAGCUAAGAACAUAAGAAUCCUGAACCAAUUUUAAAUAAUAGUUAUAGAUAAAGAACAUAAUAUACUCUCUUACAAAUCCACACUAAAUAUAAAUUAUUAUAGAUAAUUUAACAAAAUGUUACAAAAAGUCGAGAAAAUCAAUAACUUAAGCUCACCAUCACCAUACAUAGCUAUAUUAUCUUACAUUACUUUCAACUUUGAAUUCACACAAAUAACCAAAGAAUGAAUAAGAAACCAUUUUUCUCUUAUAAGUUCUCACACCUCCAUCAUACACUCCAAAUCUACAUACACAUGUCCAAUACACAACAAUCUAUUAAUGAUUUCCAGCUACAAUCUAUCAUCGGCAAUCAAGGUAAUUUUAAUAACUCAACAAAGGUAUGGAGUUCAUAUUAACAUACCAUGAAAUAGAACAUCCCGACUCAACCGUCCUUAUUCAAGAAACAACCCAAUACAUGAUGAAUUUACAAACAUCCGAAGACAAUAACAUAACUGAUGAUCUUUAAGUUAUUCUUACCAUCACAGACUACAACCAAAACGCGAUUGCAAGGCUCGACUUCGACCUUAUUAUCACCAAUUUUGAGGGAACUAAUAGGCCUCCAAUUACAGAAGAAGAAAAUGAUACACGCACAGUAUGCUUCGAAAAUUUCAACAAUGGAACAUGUCUAUGCUCUUUUACUUGAUCAAUGGCUUCGUACAAACAUAAGUUGUCUUAUAUGUAAGGAAAAUUAUCUAUGAAUCAGCAUUAUUACAAUUUAUAAGUGGUUUCUUAUGUUCCAAUUUUCAGCUUCUUUUGCAUAUUUUUUUUUAUUUUUGUUUUAUUUUCAAACAAAAAAAUAUAAAUGUUUUUCCUCAUUCCAUGAUAUGUUUCAUUGCUAGAAUUAGUUUCUCACCAAAAAUCAAAUAACACAGAUGCAACUUAAUUACGUUUUGCUUCACACCUUUAAAUUAAUAUUAUUCUCUAAAAUAAAAUUUUAAAUGUCGUUCCUUUUAUAUACAGUCCAUAUGGUACUUAACAGUAUAUGUAUGUAUGUUGUCUAAAGAAAACAUAUAUUUCACUACUCAAAUCAUAAAACAUAUUCGUUAACCACUACCAAAUAAAUCCAAAAAAUAUUAAUUUCUUUUAACAUAUUUUCAUCUACAUAUUUUUGAAAAAAAAAAAAAUUUACUAAGACGAUAAAAUAAAUUUUAAAUUUAAAAAAAAAAAAAAAUACAUGAACCGGCGCAUUAUCUGAGGUUUCAAAUCAGUGCUUCGUUACAACUUUUGGUAAAAAGGGAACCGAUGAGUAAUGGGCCUUGAGUACAAAACGAAGCCCAAUAACAACUUAACAGCCCAAUAACAAUUUAAGAGCACAAUACCGAACAGAGAGACUUGAGUCGAUUUCAUCUGAAGAAUCCUGGCCGGCGAAGACCACAACAAAAAAGUUCCGAGGAAUAAGUAAAAGGAGGAAGAAGAUGAUCUACCGAAAGUGGAGUCUGCUUUCCGGACCACCGGUUAUACUCGGCGGAGCCGUAGUUGCUGCCGUCGCCGUUGGCAUCCUCGUACAGAACGUUACCAAAGGGGAACAAAAGAAGAAUGUCUCAUCAAACAAGUGAAGAGGGAAAAGAUGGGAAGAAGAUGCUACAAAUAAACUGUCUAGUGUGUGAGUUGAAAUAUUUAGUUCAUGCAGUGUAAGCUCAAUAAUUAAUGAUUUUGGAAGCUUUUUCAAAUAUGCACAUCUCUUUUGGUGUUUUGGAUUCUUAUUCACAAUAAUUAUAUUUCAUUUUGCGCA